AUGGGGGCGCCUAGGGUGGGCAAGAGCACUGUGGCGCGGGUCUUGGCGGAGUACUUGGACAUCAGCUAUGAGGAGGAAGCUGGCGCUUGGUUGCGAUUGGUACGCGGGCAUUGGCCCAGUUCUGGUGCGAAGCCGGCUGUCCAGGUCUACAUAUGGGACACCAUGUCCACUUUGGGGCCGAACUUGCCUCACUUAGUCACGGAUCCAGAUGCGUCGACCUUCGUGGUUGCCGUGGUGGACGAGCCAGACAGCGAGGCAGCAGCCAUGGCUCGGAAGUGCAUCUCUGCAGAUGCACAGUUCUCAGCGCCAAGGCGUGCUCUGAUAGUGGAGAAUGUGUUCUCCGGGAGUGGUGAGAAUGGGCUGUCGGAAGGAAGCGAAAGCGGCUUGCAGACAAUACGCUGCAACAUAGCCGAAGAGGAGGGCAUGGACAGCUUAAAAAGAGUGUUUGGCAAGAUGGUGGCACACAUGGUCGGGCAGAUAGAGGCUCGCGCUGAAGCUUGCAGCAAUGAGCUCAUGAGCAGCCAGCUGGCACCUUGCGGGCAGGGCGACCUGCGAAGUGUCCUUGCGCGGGACACUGCGUUGGUUUGUGGCUCCAGGAAGAGCCUGGGUCGACGAGCCUUGGCGUACCGAUUACAGGGCGACUCCACCUACGUAGAUCCAACGGCAGCUUCAAUUGCCUGGGCUGCUGUUUGUGCAGCCCGGAGCACUCUUCCCCAUGAGGUAAACUGGCUGACGGGGUCUGGCCCAAGCUCCAGCAGCACUGGACCCUGGCAAGCAGCUCUGGUCUCUUGGGAGCGCCUGGAGACCAUCCUGACCUUAGGGCGCGGUAGCCGUCAGUCGUCCGCCACGCUAGGCAGGGCUUUGAUUGACCUCGGCCUCAUUUGUCCAGUGCCGGGUCUGGACAAGGCCUGUGACAAAAUGGUCCUGAACACAGUGCUGGUUCCGGACUUUGCUCCUCGCGUGAAGUGCAGUCGAUCUGUUUCUGAGCUAUUACGCCCAGCUCACGAGCGAGGUGCUGCACAGCAAGCUUAUGUUCGGGUUCUGUGGGCCGAUGCAGAGCAUGGUGCGCCAAAGCAAUCGCCACCUUCAUUGCGGACAGCACUGCGGGAUUUGCUGGCUAAUGGCGCCUUGGGCUACGACGCCGCUCAUGCAAAGAGUUUGGUGCUGCACUACUUCGCCUUGCUCGAUUGCGAAGCGUGUUCAGACUCUUCCGAUUUGGAACCAGGCUUCAUCCUGGCCUUCGACCUCGAGACCAGGUCCUCACAGUCGGCACAGUCGGGUAAGGGAGCUUCUGCAGAGACUGAGCCCGAUGCCAGCGCUGGACUUUUUGACCUGUUUGCUGCGCACCCUGCACAGGGUCUGACCUUUGUUCUCGUUCGCACUUCCAGCGAGCCCAAGCAAAGAUUCUGGGACAUCCUGUGCAGUGGCCCUCAUGCCUACUGGGCUUGGCAUGCGCUUCUGCAGGCUGGACACGGCAAGCCCACAUUUACAGGCUUUGCCAAGCUGAGAGCAAGAAAACAUGGUGAGGAUGAAGUGCCUGUGCCCAGCUGCCUGCUGUCCGCCACCUCGCUGAAAGCCGAGGCUGAGCAGGCUGAGCACUUGGACAGCGACCUGAGCCCCGAUGAUUUGGCUGCUGUGGCCUGGCUGCUUUGUGGUCCACAGGCCAAGGAGGCCCGAGAUCGCUUGACUUUGGCCAUGGAGGCAAAUCGAUCAAACAGAUGUUGUUUGCCCUUCUGCCGUCGAAGUCCGCAACCCUUCAACUUCACAGGGACCUUAGCGUGCUGUGCAGAAUUCGAGGCUUGCCUGCUGGCCAGAAAUUGGCAUGAGAUGCCGUAUCUCCUAAGCGAGGCUUUAUCCUCCGGCGUGGAAGCGUGGGCGCUAUGUGUCUCAGCUCUUGCGCGGCUUGCGCGCGACACUGCGGCCGCUGCUGCCAGAUGCGGAGGCUUGCUGCCACUGCUUCAUUCCAGGAGCCAGGACGUGACUCUUCUUCCUGAGGGUCCGCAGCUGCUGAGAAACGAAGAUUUAUCGUCUUAUCCGCUGCUCACGGGCACAGACGUCACUUCGGCAGUGCAGGUUUGGCUUGCAGUCUGCAGGCCGUGUGCUCUGUGGAUUAUGGCCGGUGCUGCGAAGAGAUACUGCCCGCCUGUGCCUCCCGUGCUGGGCGAGGCGUCUGGAGACAUAUGUUCUCAGGUGGUCAAAGCCCUGAGAGUAGCCGUUGGCACAUUCGUGUCUGACGUCGUGGUCUCCGACGUCUGGGAGGUGCUAAAGCAGAAAAGUUCCUCAGGACGGUUGCUGCUCCCAAGACCAGGCGGUGGUUGGCUCUGGAUCGAGCCCGAGAAGACCAACUGGUUUGCGGUCGAGGCAGUCGAGGCUGAGUUGUAA